UGGAAAAUGAUCAAAGACCAACAUGGAACCGGACUCAUGCUUACGAAUGGUGAGGUCACUCGCGCGUGCGCUUGUGAGGAAGGGUCACGGUUCCGUGCAUGGCCUGGCGGCCUCGCGCUUCCCAGCGACGGCCUUGGAGACAACAGGCGGCAGCCCCCUGCCCAAGCAAGGUCAGCUCAAAGACGUGACCUCCGGCCCGCUGUCGCUCAGGCGGGAGGGGGCGGGGCCGUGCGAGCCGUCCAAUCAGGGGAGCCGCCGGAGCCGUACGUGCGGGCGACGUGCCGUGGACGCCGUGGACGCCGUGGACGGCGAGGGCUGUGUGCGGUGGCUGCUGUGCAUCCGAGCCUCGCACCCGCUGGCGCCGUCCUUAAGGGCUUCGGGAGGUUCUGCCGCGUCCUGGGUCGCCGCGACCUGCGCUGGCUGCGGCAGCCGGAUGGUGGGCGACCCGGCACCCCAGAAACCGAGCGAUGGAGUCCUAUGGUAGAGAGGCUCCAUCAGAGUAAAGAAGGUGGUCAGUGUGGAGGAAACUUCAGCCUUCUUCCGCAUCUUAACCUGAACAAGAAGACUUCUACCGAGGUAAAACUGUGGGAGUGCAGCGCGUGUGGAAAAGUCUUUAUGCGCCAUUCAUCCCUUAAUAGGCAUAAGAGAUCUCACACUUCGCCAAAGCCAUACAAGUAUCAGGAGUAUGGAAAAAAGCCUUAUAAAUGUAAAGAGUGUGGAAAAGCUUUCAGUUAUCUCCAGCCUUUUCAAAAACAUGAAAGAAACCACAGCGUAGAGAAAUCUUACAAAUGCAAGGAAUGUGGGAAAUCCUUCCGAUAUCGCCAGUCCGUUCGAAAACACGAAAGGACUCACACCGGAGAGAAGCCCUAUCAGUGUAAACAGUGUGGAAAGGCCUUUAGAUAUCAUCAGACCUUUCAGACACAUGAAAGGACGCACACGGGGGAGCAGCCCUAUCAGUGCAAGCAGUGCGGGAAAGCCCUCAGCUGUCCCAGCUCCUUUCGAAGUCAUGAAAGGACUCACACGGGAGAGAAACCUUACGAGUGUAAAAAGUGUAGUAAAGCCUUCAGUUGUCCCAGCUCUCUUCGAAAACAUGAGAGAACUCACACCGGAGAGAAACCCUAUGACUGUAAGGAAUGCGGGAAAGCCUUCAUUUCUCUCGGGAGCUUUCAAAGACACAUGAUCACACACACUGGAGUCGGACCUUAUAAAUGUAAGGAGUGCGGGAAGGCAUUCAGCUGUCCCAGUUCGUAUCGAAUACAUGAAAGAUCUCACACCGGAGAGAAACCCUACGAAUGUAAGCAGUGUGGUAGAGCCUUUAGUUGUUCCAGUUCCUUCCGAACGCACGAAAGAACUCACACUGGCGAGAAACCCUAUCAGUGUAAAGAAUGCGGAAAAGCCUUCCAUUGGCUCACCACGUUUCAAGUGCAUGUGAGAACGCACACUGGAGAGAAGCCCUAUAUAUGUAAGCUGUGCGGGAAAGCCCUCAGUUGUCCCACGUCCUUCCGAAGACACGAAAGGACUCACACCGCGGAGAAGCCCUAUGAAUGUAAACAGUGUGGGAAGACCUUCAGCUCUCCUCUAGGUUUGCAAAUACACGGGAGAACUCACACUGGCGAGAAACCCUAUAAAUGUGAGGAAUGUGGGAAGGCCUUCGUCUCCCUCACCAGUUUUCGCAGACAUAUGAUGACACACACUGGAGACGGACCUUAUAAAUGUAAGGAAUGUGGGAAAGCCUUCAAUUGUCCCAGCUCCUUCCGGAUACACGAAAGAACUCACACGGGAGAGAAACCCUAUGAAUGUAAAAUAUGCAGUAAAGCCUUCAGUUGUUCAAGUUAUGUUCAGGUACAUGAAAGAACUCACACGGGAGAGAAACCCUAUGAGUGUAAGGAGUGCGGGAAAGCCUUCAUUUAUCGCACAACCUUUCGAGGACACAUGAGAGUGCACACGGGAGAGAAACCUUAUAAAUGUAAAGAAUGUGGGAAAGCCUUCAGUCGACCCAGUUCGUUUAGAAGCCAUGAAAGAAUUCACACUGGAGAGAAACUUCUUGAAUGUAAACACUGUGGGAAAGCCUUCAAUUGGCCCACAUCCUUACACAAACAUGUGAUGAGAAUGCACACAAGAUAGGUAAAUUGUUAACUGAAAAGUACAGGAGAGCGUUCAGUCUUAACAAACGCAGAGUCGUGUAAAAACACCACUGGAGAAAAAUGACAUAAAUGCAAGAAAUAUGGGAAAGUCUGAUGCACUUUCAAAGACGGUACUCCGGAGAAGUCACAACAUGAAAGAAGUGCUUCAGAAGCUGAAGAUAAUGACUUUUGUUCUGAAACUCAGUCUCUGGACUAUAGCUUCUGGUUGUUGCUUUUCAGCUGAACGUUGAGUUGAGACAAUUCUGUGAGCAUUGUUUAAGCAAUAGUACAGAAGCUUAGUAAGCAGUCUUUUUCCUUAAAUCAGUUUGUAAAAGUUUUGUCUUUCCAUUUUCAAGUCUGUUGGAUCUAUGGGUGAGUUACGGUGUAUUUGUAAUAUGUAAGUAUUAAUUUUUAUAUAAUUUUUUAACUGUUCUGAACGUGAAGGGGCCAUGGUAUAAUGACAUUUUGGUAUUUGUUGGGAUUUUCUUAUUGACCUCCCGUCACAGGUACUGGAUAUUCCUUGUCUAUUAUAAAUAUUCCUCCUUUCAUAUGUGAAGUGGUUUCUGUUUUGUUUGUUUUUUAAUCCAAAGAGUCUUUUCUUUCCUGGUUAAUAAAUUGUAGGCAUCCAUUUGUAAGUAUGCAGAGUUUAUCAUAGGGUAUAAUCUCAUUGGAAUUGCUGUUUACAUCUUUCCCCUUGACUCUGUCAUUUCUUCUGACUGUGAUUUGGAGAUUAUACUUUAAGAGACCAAAAAAAAAAAAAAAA